AUGAAGACAUCCCUCAAACCCACCCAGGAAGGCUGGGGCAGAGGCCACAGCCACAAAGAAGAAGAGGUCCCGGCUCUUUUGUUCGUCCCGCAAGAAGGCCAAUCACACGGUGGACACUUGCCGCGCUCUGGAGCUGUCACUAUUCUGAGCGGUGGAGGCCCUGUGGCCCCAACUGGCUGCACCUUCCGGCUUGCAACUGGACGAGUCGAGAAGAAGAAGAACAACAACAACAACAAGAAGACUGCCGACCAUAAGUUGGCAGAUAAGGUUUCUGAGAGGGUGUCGGCUAUGCAACUCGAUUAG